AUGCAGCAAGCACUUGGCAGAGCGAGUGCUCUCAAGGAGCAGCUCCGGCGGAAGGAUGAGGAGCUUGAGCAGGGAGAAGGGCUGCAGCUGAGUCAUACAGACCCAGAUGAUCAUAGCGUCCACUACGCCACAUCAGUGAAGGGUAACGAUCUUUCGAAGGAGCAAGUUCCUUCGGUGCUACUGAAAAAGUUCGGCGAAACCUUAACAGGGGGAGCCCUAACCUGGUACUCACAAUUGCUGGCACGGUCAAUAGCAACGUUCGAGGAAAUGGCCGACAAGUUUGUCACCGCUCAUGCAGGAGCUAAAAAGGCGGAAGCUAGGGUGAACGACAUAUUCGCCGUUAGGCAAUCGCCUGGCGAAGGACUCAGGGACUUCCUCGCCCGUUUUAACAGGGUGAGGAUGAGCUUGCCAAAUGUAUCAGAGGGGAUGGCAGUAGCAGCCUUCCAGAACGGGUUGAGCAGGAACAGGUCGAGAGCAACCAGAAAACUAUUAAACAGGCUCAUGAAAUACACCCCCCCCCCAUACACAACUUGGGAAGAAUUUCACAAUGCCUAUUGCGCCGAGGUGAGAGCCGACGAGGACGAUCUCAACGGUCCGACCCAACGGCUGACAUCAGUUCAAGAAAAAUCGAGGAAAGAUCGUCGUAGCGGCGAUCGAAGGGAUCCGCUGGUCGCCCCACCACCUCCUCGACACCUGGAAGGGCCUCCUAGGCCUCACACCGGGACUCAGCAAAACGAAAGAGAAAUAGUGUAUACACUAGAGAAGCUCGGUACGAAGGUGAAAUGGCCACAAAAGAUGAAGUUCGACCCGAAUGCUCGGAAGUCAGACACCCUCUGUGAAUUCCACCAGGAGCGGGGCCAUAAAUCGAGGACUACAUAG